GAGGAAUUACUCCGCUGCAUUUUGAUUGUCGGUCCGCACUGCAAGCCCUUUCCAGCAGCAAUGGAUGCUUUGGUCGAACUCGAACAAACUCUCAGGACCAAACAGGGUGGAUUGACGCCUCCGGAAGUUUCUAUUCUUCUAUCAUGCCGGUCAAAGGCUGUCAACAGUUUUACCACCGGGGCUUGUGUUGCGUCUGCUCUCGUAUGGGCGACAACGAGAAGGCUGGAUAAGAUGUUUCGGUUCAACCUUUCAGCAGGAUCUGCUGUUUCAUUUGGAUUGUGGAGAUUUAGUAGGUCCCUUGAUUCAUGCCUUGCUCAUAUUAUGGCACUAGACGGAAGUCGGAUGCAAAAGGAGUUGGCAACCAUAAUAGUGAAUAAGUAUCAGGAUAAUCCUUGGAGAAUGCAACUUAUCUCCAGUCAUUUCUAUUCAGAGAAAGUUUUUGAUGAUUCAACUUCAGAUAAGCCGAAAUUAAGAUGGCGCCAUCGGAAUUUCUUUGGUGAUAGUGCUUCUCAUAACCAAGGAACACAUGAUGAUGAUGACCAUGUCAUUGACUCCCAAAAUGACAAUCACAGCUACAAGAAUGACUUGGAGUCCAAGCAAGUUCAUGUGAAACCUGGCAUUGAUAUGAUGGCAGACCCUCUUGAUUGUUUGCUUGAGGCAGCAGCAGGUGGGGAGAUUCACCCUGAUUCCAUCAGCACCUCCCACAGAAUACAUACUCGUAGCCAUAAAAGAUCACACCGUAGGCGUCGAAUGCGUCAUCAGGAAGCUUCUUCAGAACUCUCAGAUAGCCACUAGUUGAGUCAUGAUAUUUUGGAGGAAAGGAAGAAAGAAGGGUGAAACAAAAUAAUGAAUUGGGCUUCUGUGACUUAAAAAUUCAAGUCUAUAAGAGGACUUCUUAAGAGCUCAUAAAAUUUCACAAACUUUUAGUUCCAUUUUCAAGCUGCUCAAGUGGGAAUUUCUCCUCUUCAGGCACUUGUUAGUUACACGCAUUCAAUCAAGUUUUUACUAUUUGGCUAUGUUACUUUGAAAGAACUGUAGCAUGAAUUGCCAUACAAAUUCGAGCCUUUUACUGAAAGGCAGGAAAGAAUGAAUAACUAGGGGAAUUGGCGGUGGCAAGGUGGAUGUUGGAGUGGUGAUGACAGCAUGGAGAUGAUGCGGUGGUGGGAGCGCGCGUUGUAUGGGAAGAAAAUGAAAUACCCUUUUGUGUUAAACAACUAGGAAACUUAACUAGAGUUUAUUAUUAUCUUUUCAAGAAUAACAUCGAAGAGAAACUGGGAAGCUGUUGACUCCACUGAUCUGAAAACCUCGAAAAGGUGAGAAAAUGAAAAACCCUUUUGUGUUAAACAACUAGGAAGCUUACCUAAAGUUGAUCAUUAUCUUUUCAAGAAUAACAUCGAAGGGAAACUGGGAAGAGGAAAAGAUGAGAAAACUUCGCAGGUGGGUGGGUUAUGCAUCCAGGUAUUGUUGCCUGUUGGCCUGUAAUUUCCUUCUGUUUUCAAAGAAGGAUCGUUUACAUCCUGUUUUUAUGAUUUGUUAGCGCGUACAAAAUUGGCCUUCCCGCCCCCCACACAUCAGGUCUUUGUCUCUUCCAAAA